AUGCUGUGGUUGUGCCUGAAGCAGUCCAAUGUGGUGUUUAUACGGAUCCCUAGAUUUUAUGUAUCAAAGAAAAAUCGCGUUCUAACAAACCAAAAUACUUCAAAAUCCGGAUUAUAUUCAGAGAGCCACCACUCCAUACCGUACAAGAUUGAUGCAAUAUCGCUCAACUUAGACAUCAAACGCAAAUGCGAAAAGAUGUUGUGGUUGCGCCUGAAGCAGUCCAAUGUGGUGUUUAUACGGAUCCCUAGAUUUUAUGUAUCAAAGAAAAAUCGCGUUCUAACAAACCAAAAUACUUCAAAAUCCGGAUUAUAUUCAGAGAGCCACCACUCCAUACCGUACAAGAUUGAUGCAAUAUCGCUCAACUUAGACAUCAAACGCAAAUGCGAAAAGAUGUUGUGGUUGCGCCUGAAGCAGUCCAAUGUGGUGUUUAUACGGAUCCCUAGAUUUUAUGUAUCAAAGAAAAAUCGCGUUCUAACAAACCAAAAUACUUCAAAAUCCGGAUUAUAUUCAGAGAGCCACCACUCCAUACCGUACAAGAUUGAUGCAAUAUCGCUCAACUUAGACAUCAAACGCAAAUGCGAAAAGAUGUUGUGGUUGCGCCUGAAGCAGUCCAAUGUGGUGUUUAUACGGAUCCCUAGAUUUUAUGCAUCAAAGAAAAAUCGCGUGCUGACAAAGUUUAUAAAUUCAUCACAAAACAGAUGUAGAUUUUGUGCGCCAGACGUGACACAGCGGAGUAUUUCUGGCAGACUGCAGGGCAUUUUUGGAACUCAAACUGUCUAA